AUGAUGAUGCAUAAUAAUUUUAUAGAAUUUUAAGUAAUUUCGUGAUUCACUGUGAUGGGUACCUUAAUUAGAAGCCUAAUAAGAUUGAGGUUGGGUGACUAGUUUGGCUAUCGUUUAAUAAAUAGAAAGGUGCCCCUCACAAUGAAUCAAACAAUUUGGGUCUAUUUCGUCUUCAUCGUUUUUGCAUUUGUCAAAUUAAGUUGAAUUUGGCAAAUUAAAUUACAGUCUUUUGUAUUGUUUUUUUUAGAUUUAUUAUUAUAAUAUAAAAUUGUAAUUUUCUUUAUAUUUGAAAUAAGGAAUAAAAUGUUGAUCGAAAUUGACCUGUUCUGGCAACGCCUGUGCUGUGAAUUGAUUGUUAUGAGUUGCUAUUAGAGGUUCUUUUUCUUCACAUUUAGGGUCCGUUUGGUUAUCAUGACGGGUUGUUAAUAUAUUUGGGCCCAAAUGUGGUUUAUAAUCAUGAUCUGCACUUGAGUCUUGAUAAUCCAGUUGUUUGGUUCACCUAUUCAAUCAUGAAUAACAAUCCCAUCCCAUUGUUUGGUUAACUUUGAGCAUGUAGAUAUUGGUCUUGUGCUGACCCUUUUGCCCCUAAGAUUUUCCACUUAUUUUGGGAUUACAUCGCCUCCCUUUGGGUUGUCCUCAUUCGCGGUUGAUUUCCUCCUGAGAGUAACUUUCCACACGACGGCGGCAGCUUAAGGUCGUCGACGGUUUCGAGAUUUCAGCUUCCCAGCAAUGUCUGAGGCACGGACUAAUGCACCUAGUGCCGGUGGCAGCCAAUGCACCCAAGGCCGCAGUCAGUAUCGCCGCUCAAGCUUCCGCCCGUGCGACCGCCCUCGCAGAUCUUGGUCUGACCGUGAAGAGCUGAUACUAAUCUCCGCUUUGAAGGAACUUGUUGCCACAGGAUGGAAGUCAGACAAUGGCUUCCGAGGUGGAUAUGCACAAAAGAUAGAGGAAUGGUUGAAAAAUGAGUUCCCAACUACUGAUUUGAAGGCAACGCCACACAUUCAAUCCAAGAUUACUACAUGGAAAAGGAACUACUACUCGCUGUCCAAAAUACUCGACCGUAGUGGGGUUGGCUUCAACGUACACAAUGAUUUCAAAAUUGAUUGCUCGGAUGACCAAUGGGAUCAAAUCGUGAGGCAAGAUCCCAAUGCCCGCACCAUGCGCCACAAAGCUUGGCCUCUCUGGGAUGAUUGGAAGAUGAUAUUUGGGAACGAUAGGGCCACUGGAGGGACUGCUGAGGGUAUUGGCGAGGCAGUGGCUAACAAUACCACGGAUGAGGCAUUUACAUCUAUCGGGGAAAGUGCUGAUUACUACCCAAGCUUUGAAGACUUUCUAGGGUCUGAUCAAGUCCAACCCGGCUACACAAAUGAAGUUGUUGAUGACAACAGCGCUCAAAGUGGGCAGAACGUGGCUGCAAACACUAAUGCGCCUCCUGCUCCUGCUCCAAAAAAAAUGACUCGUAAACGCAAGAGCUGUGAUGAUGAUUCUGCUUUGCUCAACCUCCUUAGCAACUUGCAUGCUGAAACGAAUGCACGUUUGGAUAAGUUGACCGCUCGUAUUGGUUAUGAGAUCGACUUGGGCCAAGCUAGGAAAGAGAUCUUCCGUCAUUUGGGAAACAUCCCGGAGCUGACAGAGUCUCAGCGCUACGACCUCUGCGACAUCAUCGGUAAGGAGAACUCGAGGCUGGAAAUCUUCACCGGCCUCCCUGACGCCUCAAAGCCGGGAUAUGUGAGGCGCAUCAUUGAGAAAGAAGGUCUUAAUUAGGAGUCGCUUCAUGCAAUGGGUGGAACGUACAUUUGCCGGUUGAUUUGGGUAAUCAAAAACUAUGUUCUUUUGGACCUAAUUAAGCUAGUUUUUAUAUAUUAUCUACUAUGAAGACAUUUCUGUAAUUUAAACGUCAGUUGGUGGUUUUUGGCGUAGCUUUUUUGUAGCUGACCUUUUUUGGCAUGUCAAGAACUAUGUUAUAUUAUCUAUUGGAUGAAGUGAAAUGUUGUGUGCUUAAUUCUUAA